UUAUCACAGCACACACUCCUGCACAUCAUCACACACACCGUGUAAUCGUGCAUGCACACACAGCUUCACCCUCACCUCUGAGAGCCACCAAAAACCUCAAGAUGGGAAAAAUCAACGGAUGCCUCAAAUGUCUCUUUAUCUUCUUCAAUGUGGUGUUUGCAAUCAUCGGAUGCCUGAUGGUGUUCGGGGCGGUGAAGGCCAGCGCCUACAGCCACCAGAUGUCGUCGGUUGGGGCCCCGAGUCUGGGUUGGAGUUGGGUGUUUGCCAUCGGCAUCCUCGGCAUCUCCUGCCUGGGAAUCUACGCAGGAUGCUCCGAGAAAGACUUGGCCCUCAAAAUAUUUGCAGGCUUCAUGGGCCUUGGAAUGAUCAUCAUGCUGAUCUUCGGCAUCAUCAUCGCUGUCACAAGAAACAAGAUCAAAGCGAGCUUUGACACUGCCUCCGCUGAGUUGUCUAAGCCUUUUAUGGAAGACCCUGAAAUGAGACUGAUGCUUGAAGGACUACAGCAAUCUGCUUACUGCUGUGGAGUGGUGAGCUCCUCUGACUGGGGUGAUAACAUCCCCGACUCCUGCGAGUGCAAGUCUCAGUAUGGAGUAUAUCCAGGAUUUGGAGUAUCUGGAUGUAAACCCUUACCCCAGGGAGCCAGAGGGCCACAGCAGAUCUAUAGACAGACCUGCGGUGAUUUCAUCUUUAUGUGGUUGGACCUCAUCUUCCGGGUCGCCAUGGGCAUCUGCUUUGGAUUUGCUGUCACCGCAUUGCUGGGCCUGCUGGUCUCCCUCCUGAUGAUCUAUCAGAUCAAACGUCACGAUGGCUCCGGAGGAUCUUCCAUCGGCAUGAAGAGCUACUAAAAGGAAGCCUCCACCCCUGACCCCUCCACUUUAACCUCUGCACUGUAACAGGAGGACUCAUAGACUGUAUCAAAGAAGUGCACAAAGCCAUCAGCUCUAAAAAAGUGAAGCCGAUGUGGAAGUCCCUUAAACUAGCAUUCUUACUAAUGGCCAGCAGGGGGUGACUCCAGUCAUAUUGUAUAGAAGUCAAUAAGAAAAUGAUCCUACCGCUCACUCACUAAACAUUUUUGGAUUGGGUGUAUGAUCUCAAUUGCCAGAUUCAAGUCUAUGAUCUACAUUUUACAAGUUGCUACCACGGCGACCUGUCACUUGAACACAUUCUUACCCCCAGACUGUCCCAUAUUGCCGCUUGGUCAUUUUUUCAGAUAUUAUUAACAGUUUUUUGGACAUUUCAUAAAUAUUUUUUCGGCCAUUUUAUAUUUUUUAGGAAUAUUUUUUUUAUUAUUUUGUCGAAAUUUAAUUGACUUUUUCAGACGUUUUAAUAUUUUUUAGAUGUUUUAUUGAUAUUUUGUGACAAAUUUUUUCGUACAUUUUAAUAAUAUUUUUCUAAACUUUGGUAAAAUACUGUGCAUUUACAUACAUUUUAUUGUGCAACAAACGCCAGUGGUCAGGUUUAGAAAAAGAUCAUAAUUUGGCUUAAUAUGAGAAGCGAACACCAGGCUCCUGGGUAUGGCGUUUUAACCUGAUGCCAUCCUAUGGCUUUAAAAACUGAUGCCGUUAUGCAUAGCCAGGACAUUAUGUUAUGUGUUAUGAGUCUGAUGCAGACGUCAAUGACCAAGUGGCAGCAUUUAAAGACUUCAUAAUUAGAGCGGGUUGGUCAAACAGAACAGGAGGCGUAUAAUGGUGCGUUCCAGGCAGGCUUUUGAACUCGUAAGUCACGACUUCAAGUCACGAGUUACGACUUUGUAGCGUUCCAGGAAAGUUACGGCAAACUGCCAGUUACUUCCUGUUUAACGUUGAACAUGGCGAACCGUAUGUUUGUGCUUCCCCAAUAUUUCUAUCGCCAAAGGUGCCUGCUCCUUGCUCAUUUGAGUGAAACGGAGGAGGAGAAACGACGCAUAAGGUCACAGAUGCUGUUAUACUUUUUAUUUUACGUUAUCUGUGUGUUUGGAAACGUAUUUUGUAUUGAUUAUUCUUGCACUGGAAACCAGCUGUUAGAGCGGCUGCCAAUAAUGCGUUAACAUUAGGGUUAUUUUAUGUCUAUUUCUCACCAUGUAUCACCUGCAUCAACACCGCAUCCAUAGGGCUGCCAUUGUUAUAUAGAGGAGUAAGGUAAUUGGUUUAGAGAGCUGUGUGACGUCAGAAAGCGUAACUGGGAGUGCAUCGAUCUGGUACGAGUUCACGGGUGGGAAGUUACAGGUUUGACUGCCAUUCCAGUGCACUUUCACGGGUUACAGGUUGUGAAAACACGAGUUACGGGUUGCCUGGAACGCACCAUAAUUUAGAUCCACCCCUCACUCCUCCAUAGCUCCACCCUCUUGUCCAAAUAUGGUCACUUCUGGCUCCAAAAAACCAAGAUGGUGAUGUCUCAAGGCUGAAACAGUCGUCCACAAACCAACGGGUGGCGUCACGUUGGCUACAUCCACUUCUUUCAUACAGUCUCUGAGAGGACUCAGUGGUCAGUCCCUGACCUCUUCUUCUUUGCUUUUUUUUGUUUUCGUCAUUUAGCCCCUCAGAGAGCGACAGGGUAUGCAGGAGACAGAUGGAGGGCAUGGCACGCUGCAGAAAGAGUUCAUUUGGGAGGAAAAGUGCUGCAUCGCAUUGUUUUUUACUUCCAGCUUUAUAUUGUAGAAUUUAUUGCUUUAAUAUCAGACAUUUAUUUUUUGUGAAUCAGUAUAUACUCUUUGUGUCAUUGAUGGUAUGCAGUAUUAUAGCAGUCUCGUGUAACAGAGACAUAUUGUACAAAAGAAGCAGCAUUUAGCUUAAAUGACUUAGUUACCUGUCAGCAGGCGUGUUUACUCUUCACUAACUGGCCUUUAAGUUCACGUGGAGGUGGAUUCAUGGGAGCUGCUAAUUGUUGUGUCAUGAUAAAUCUAAUCCGAAUCAGAAUCCACACGGACAAUAAUAUUUUAAACAGAUUGGGAAACAAAACCUGCAGAUUUGAGCAGUUUUUGUAUUUCUGGCAACAUCCUCAGACUUCCAUCUUAAUAUUCGGGCAUUUUAUUUUGAAAUGUAACUGUCAAAAUUAAAGAAACGAUUUAACCCUUUGUGCUUUUGGGAUGUGGCCAGUAACAUUAUUUAUGAAGGAACUGCCAACAUAAAGUUACCAUUAAAGAUUUCAGAGUCUGCUCGGGUCAGAAGAACACUUAAGCUGCCAAGUGUGUGUGUGUGUGUUUGUGUGUGUGUAGCAUGAGCUUACAUAUUUGCUGUGCAUAUACAUAUCUGUCUAUGUGAAGUGCAUCAGUCGUAAAAACAGAACACUCCACUCAACUCCUGCCGUGUAGUUGGAGACAUCACCCCAUGUGGCUUAAUAACAUCCUUAUAAGUGACGUUGGGAACAAAACUUCCACCUGUGUUGGUGCACCUGUUCAUGUGGAGGUUAAUAUAAGAUUAGAUCACUUAAUUCAUAGUGUGAGGAUGUGACGACCCACACAGCAGCCCAGGGUUUCAAUUCUCCCACUAACUGUGAACACAUCACCACCAUUAAAUAAAAAAAGGGAUCAUGAUUUAGAUGGAAGACAAAUAUUGUAACAGGCACUGUUUUAUUGUGAAAUCUGCACUCUUAUCAUUUCAGAAUAAACUCCAGAGACUGAAUAUA